UGUCAAGGUCUCAAUUCUCUGUUGAGAUUGUGUUGUGACUUUUCGAGAAAGUACGUAAUAUUUCGAAAAAUACAUGACUGUAAUCCAAUGACUUUUGCAUGAUUGAAGUUGUUCUGCGGAUUUUGCAGCGAAUAAAACUGUACAAAGCUUAAAUGGCUACUGGGGAUGCAACAUCCAAAAUGCCAGAAAAUGAAUUGCCAGCUCCAAAAAUAAAACACGAUUGGUAUCAAACGGAGACGCAUGUUAUUUUAACAAUUCUUGCCAAAAAUGCGGAGAAUAUUAAAGUUUCCUACGGUGAAAGGACGCUAAGUGUAUCUGCGAAAUUGCCUUCAGGCAAUGAUUAUAGUCUCGAAUUAGAUUUAGCACAUCACAUAGUGCCAGAUCAGUGUUCAUACAAAGUGGUUCCCUCCAAGAUAGAAGUUAAAUUGAAAAAGCGUGAUGGUCUUAGAUGGAAUGUUCUUGAGGGGAAUCCUGUUAUUCAAGACCCUGUUCAACCUAUUCCGCAAGAAAUUUUGCAAGCUGGAAAUAAACCACCAAAGUAUCCAAGUUCGAGUAAAAAGUCAAAAGACUGGGAUAAGGUUGAAAAAGAAAUAGAAAAACAAGAAGCUGAGGAAAAACCAGAAGGUGAAGCUGCUCUCAAUGCUUUAUUUCAACAAAUAUAUGGAACUGGCUCGGAUGAAGUUAGACGUGCGAUGAAUAAAUCCUUCCAAGAAUCUGGUGGGACAGUGUUGAGUACAAACUGGUCAGAAGUAGGUAAAGGUAAAGUGGAAAAAAAGCCUCCAGAUGGUAUGGAAUGGAAAACAUGGGACUCAUAAACUUGGUUUUCAAUGAUAGAUGAAUACUAUGACUGAAACUGUAUCUAUCUUACAACCGUGUUAUAAUUUCAUUAUAUUGCACAUAUAUGAAGCAUAGUGAAUCGAAAUUUUGUAUUUUUGGUGAUCUUUCAUAAUCAGUUAACAUUGUAAUUUGAAUGUUACUUCUGAUAAAUUAUUUAAAUAUCUGA